AUGUUCCGCACUGCAGCACCCCCUGCUGUGCCCUCGAGCUUCGGCAACGUCAGCGGUGUGAGCGCUCACGCCAGCUCCUCCGGCUCGGGAUCCGUAGCCCGUCACCACACCGACAAGGCGCUUGCCAGGUAUCCGCAUCGUCUCAACUUUUACACGCUUCCGCCCAUCCACGAGGUCACCAUCGAGCACUUUGAGUCGUGGGCCAUCGACCGCCUCAAGGUGCUGGCCGAGAUCGAGUCGUCGCAGGCGCGCAACCGCACCUACGGCGAGACCAAGGAUGCAGUCAACGCGCUCGCCAAGCGUCUCCUCCCGCUCAACGCCAACACCGCCAACAAGACGGCCGACCUGCUCGCAGAGCGUCUCAAGGACCACGUCAGCCACUUUGUGCUUCGUCUCGCAUUCUGUCGCAGCGAGGAUCUGCGCAGGCGCUUCGUCAAGGCAGAGUCGCUGCUCUUCCGCCUGCGCUUCGAGACCGACGAUGCCACCGAGCGCGAGAGCUUCAUGCGCUCGCUCAACCUCGACUGGAACCCGGUGUCCAACGAGGAGAAGAACCAGUAUCGCGAGCAGCUCGUCGCCACCCACCCAAAGAUGGCCUCCACCUUUGACAGCGAGACCUUCUUCAAGGUGGACUGGACGCGCGUCACGGAUCUCGUCGAGAAGCGCAGGGUGUUCAUGCGCGCCGGACAGGCAUGGGUGCCCAUCAAGGAGCAGUCGAGUCUCGUGCUUGCCGAGUUCCAGUCGCGCCUCAUGCGCGAUCUCGAGAUGACCGCACGUGCGCUUCCGCGUCUGGACGAGGAUGACCGUCUUCUGCCCGUGCUCUCCCACCUCAGCAUGGGCUUCCUAGCCGGCAUCUCGACCGACUACACUGGCUCCAGCAUCACCGCUGACGGCACCACCACCGUCACGGCAGGCAUGGUGGAUGCGCUCGUCAAGACGCACGCUCCGCUCUGCAUGAAGAAUCUCCACUCCACCCUCACCGCCACGGGCCAUCUGAAGCACUACGGCCGACUGCAGUACAACCUCUUCCUCAAGGAGCUCGGUCUGCCCGUCGAAGAGGCGCUCGUCUUCUGGCGUCGAAGCUUCAAGCACAUCACCGACGACAAGUUCAACAAGGAGUACCGCUACAACAUCCGCCACGGCUACGGUCUCGAGGGUAGGAGGAUGAACUAUCCCGCCAAGAGCUGUGCGCGCAUUCUCACGCAGGAUCAACCUGGUCCGCAAGACUCGCACGGAUGUCCCUUCCGCCACUUUUCCACCACCAACCUCUCCUCGGCCAUGGCGCAGCACUACGGCCUCAGCCCCGCGGAGCAGUCCGAGAUCCUGGCGUCGGUCAAGCAGGGUCACUACCACGUCGCAUGCACGCGCAUCUUUGAGAUCACGCACCAAAAGCAGGGCGUCAAAAAGGGCCAGGGUCUCGAUGGCAGAGGCGAAACCGUCACCCAUCCCAACCGAUACUUUGAAAGCAGCUGGAAACUCGCACAGGCCGAUGGCGGCGCCGAUGCCUCGGAAGCGGCCGCACGCAGCUCGCCCGAACACGAGUCGAGCUCGCCACCGGAGCCCUUGCCCGCACCGGUAGCUGCUUCCGAUGCAUCCGUUCAGUCUGCCACAGCCGCAGAUGGCAUGGACGAGUCGUAA